UUCACCUCCAUCUGAUGACCACGACCACGACCAUGAACAUGAACACCUGCACGGUCACGAUCAUUCUCAUAAAGAUAAGAGAGAGGCACCGGGAGAGCUCGACACCCGGACUUUGCAGGGCCCCGUCCUGUCCCAGCAUCCCAGGUGGACUGUCACAUCAGCAUGAGGAGUGUUUGAACCUGACUCAGCUCCUCACCUACUACGGCCUGAGUCCAGAUUCACUCAUCUCCCCCAGCCAGUUCACCUACCUGUGUCCGGCCCUGGUCUACCAGAUAGAUAGCCGCGUCUGCAUCCGCCAUUACCACCAGAUGGAUGUCGAGCAGGAAGUCCUGGAGCCCGUCAGUUCUGUCUGGGUCUGGGUCUGGGGCUUCGUGUCCAUCACCAUCAUCAGCCUGCUGUCUCUGCUGGGCGUGGUGCUCGUGCCCAUCCUCAACCAAUCCUGCUUCAAGUUCCUGCUCACCUUCCUGGUGGCGCUGGCAGUGGGCACGCUCAGUGGCGACGCUCUACUACACCUGCUGCCUCAUUCCCAAGGGCAGCACGACCACGGCGAGCACGGGUCGAGCCACGACACCGAUCUGGUAACGGCCUUUGAUGGAGUGUGGAAGGGGCUGACGGCGCUAGCCGGCAUCUACCUCCUGUUCAUCAUCGAACACUGCAUCGGCAUGUUUAAGCACUACAAAGACCAAAGGGGCAUGAAGAAGGUGAGUGAGGAGGGAAAGAUCGGCAGGAAGUUGUCGGAUCACAAGCUAAACCGGCGCUCAGACGCAGAGUGGCUCCACCUGAAGCCGCUCAGUGAAGACCCCGACAGCACGGUCGUCUCCUGCGACAACGGUCACAACGACACGCAGCUCACAGAGCUCCAGACGCCCGACUCUCCCACCAACAAGACGCCGCUGACACCCGCAAACCCCCAACAGGACCCCCUGUCACCCACCAAGGAAAACGGACGCAAGGCCAAGCAGCACAGACACUCGCACAGCCACGGCCACGGCCACUCUCAUGGAGGGAACUGCCACUCAGACCAGGAGAUGAAGGAUGCGGGGAUAGCCAGCAUCGCCUGGAUGGUCAUAAUGGGCGACGGCAUGCAUAACUUCAGUGACGGCCUGGCUAUAGGUGCAGCGUUUAGUGCAAACCUGACGGGAGGCAUCAGCACAUCAGUGGCUGUUUUCUGCCAUGAAUUACCUCAUGAACUCGGUGACUUUGCGGUGCUGCUGAAAGCCGGGAUGUCGGUGAAGCAGGCCAUUGUCUACAAUCUGCUGUCCGCCCUCAUGGCCUACGUUGGCAUGCUGAUCGGCACGGUUGUGGGCCAGUACACACACAAUGUCACCAACUGGAUCUUCGCCAUCACAGCUGGCAUGUUCCUCUACGUGGCUCUGGUGGAUAUGCUGCCAGAAAUGCUUCACGGGGACAGCGAGGACCACAAGCGCUGCCAGCUGGGACACUUUAUCCUGCAGAACCUGGGCAUGCUGACCGGGUUCGGCAUCAUGCUGCUCAUCGCCAUCUUCGAGGACCGCAUCGUUUUUGAUUUUGGCUUUUAGUAGAAGAAGAGGAAGAAGAGGAGGAGGAGGGGGAGAGCUGGAUGUUUCAGUAUUGUUCUUCUUGGCCUUAUCACGCUUUGUUUGCAGUGUAACGCAUCCCAGUCCUGCAUGCAAUGUGAGUCUCAUUCACAGCCCCGUGCCUCCAUUUCCAAUCAUGCAGCGGCGGUUUAUGCAUAUCUCAUGACACCAUCUCCUCCGUCAGCUCCAAUCUGUCUGCUCCCUGUGCAGCAAAAAAAAAAAAAUAAAGCUUCAACCAGAAAACACCACCUCUGCUCUGAACCAUUAAAGAAAACAGAGCUGUAGAUACUGAGGUGGAGCAGGGCCCGUCUUCCUGCUGUCAUGGCGCUCUCCAUCAUCUCCUGUUGUUAGCAUGUUUGUCGCCGUAUCCCCCUCCUCCUGUGUCGCCGUCUCGUACCCCCCCUGUGCUGUGUCCCAUCAUCUGUGGUGCGCAUCCCACCCGCCUAUCCGUCGCCAACUUAUCGCAUCAGUCGUGUCGCGUCUCGGUGUGCCAAGCCCUGGCCACUGGAGCAGCACUACAACAUCGCAGAGCUCGCCUCAGCUGAGAGUAAAAAACUUUAGCUCGCGUUGCUUCUCCUGAAAAGCUGCUGUGUCAAACUAGAAAAGUGUUCCCCUGACCGUACGUGUUAUAGUUUUGCUGCAUUCUCCAUUUAUUACUUUGACUUAGGUUUAAUUGUCUAAUGAAGUUUGUGGGGUUGUUAAACCUUCUGUAGUUGAAUAAUAAUAAUAAUAACUAACACAGCUGCCAAAGCCUUUACAAAUUAGCAUUUACAGUAAUGAAUGUUUCUUUUUUUGUUGUUUAGAAAGUGUCUGACCAAUUUUUUUUAAGGUUUUGACAAUCUGUAGGCUUGGUAGGCCUUUAUAUUUUAUAUUUCUUUAUAAGAAUCAGCAGCUUCAAAAUGUGAAACACAUUCUCAUCAAAGAGUUGUGUAGUUUAUUUAGGGUGCCUCUUUGAGUUCCUAAGCGGUGCUUUGUCCGAUCGGACCGCCCCGCAGUGGACGCUUAAUGACAGUAGGAGGUUGAGUUGUCACAUUAAUGCAGAUUUUUUUUGAUGUACUGUAAAUACAUGAAGUCUUUAUAGUGUCAGUAGCCGAGCAGCUAAAAGCAAAAUGUUUGUUCCUUUUCGAAUCAUUGAACUUCCUGACAAUCGAGGACAGCACUCCUGCGUCACUGUGUUUUCAGACGAGCGCCCCCCUGCUCUUCUAAUGGUUGUCAAACCACAAGACAAAAGAUCAUUAUUAUUAUUGUUUUUAAUUUUUCUUUUACAACCAUUACUCCUGUUUGUUUGGGUGUGAACAGUCCAAUCUGGUGACCGUGCCAAAUCUGGCCCGAGCGUGGCAUUUCAGUGGCUGGUGCUUGACGCUGCCCCCCUCUCCACCUGACCCCCGACCCCUGCCCUGACAUUCCAUUGACAUGCUAAGUUAGUUAGCCUAGCUUCAGCUGCUGGAGCACACAGAUAAUGUGUGUGGCUUCAUUUAUCCUGUCACUGUGUGACAUCCAUCGUCUGUGUCUUAACUGGCUGUAAAUCAUCGUCAUGUUAUCGAUCUGACUGAGUCGUGCAUGAAGCAUGAGUGAAACGGUACAGACAUCGUGUCGAGUGUAGAGUUGUUUUCAUUCUUUGUACUGCCAAGUUAAAAUAUUGACAACAUUUGUUACUUUUUAAAUUAAGUGUGUGUGAAGAUCAUGGGGUGUAGUGUAACUAGUGUUACGAGCCUUUUUUUUAAGCUAAAAUCAAACAUGCAAGCAGCAGAACAGAACCCAUCAUCUGCAUCGUCUUCAUCUCUUACAGCCAUUUUAUUAUUUCAUCUUGUGUUCAUAUCUAAUUUCAGUGCUAAAAAUGAUUAAACAGGACCUGAAUGUAAUUUCAUACUGUUCUAACAUCAUUAUUAUUCAUUUUGAUCAUGUUUUUUUAAAGGAUUACCAGUAUUUUUCCUGUGUUACACCUAUGAUUUAAAUCUAAACUGUCCUGUCAUGUAUUUCAUAAGAGUAAGUGACACUUCAGACUCUACGCCCCAAAUACAAAGUUUCUUCACAGUUCAUUGGACAAAAAAAAGUCCGUAAAAUGAAACAAUUGUUCGCAUUUUUUUUUUUGCUUUGUUGUAUGUAUAUUUGUUUAGCAAUCUGAAUAUAAAAUGUAAAAUGUGACAUCUGUGCUGUUUGCCUUGUCUGUGCAUUCUCCCCAUUACAAAAAGAAAAUAAACUCUGAUAAGAUCCUUGA